UUGGUACUAAAAGAUAAAGCAGCCUAGAAAAAAAAAGCAAAGAAAGUGUACAGUGAGGAGUGUUAAGAUUAAACCCAUAAUUAUUCAAGGGAAAAAUGGGAAAUUUUCGUUGUUAAUGCAUCAAAGUUGUGAUUUUUAUACGAGGGAUUUGUGAUUAUGGGAGUUUUCUGCAGUAGAUUGGCGUAAUCUGCUGCAGUUGAGAAGUUGGAAAGUCUGUGUGUGUGUUAAUUAGCAGUUAUUGUCGAGAGAGAUGAAGAUGAAUGAAUGAGAAAACCCAUGACGAGAAUUAAAGUGAUACAGGAAAAGAUAUGCAAAUCAAGCAAAAAGAUUGCAGAAAUUGACACCAAGAAUAAUACCAACCCAGAAAAAUACUUCAAUUGCUUUUUAACUUUUUUCUCAAACCCAGCCAAGAAACAAGAAAAACCUUCUCUCUCUCUCUCUCCCCCCGAGACACACAUACGCACACAGAGUAUUGAGAUAUAUAUUUACCUAAAAUCUCAUGCAACCCACAAAGAUUCGCUAGCUUUUAUCUCUCUAGAAUUUCUUGAAUUCUUCGCCUAGUGGGGUUGGGUGAAAUGUUGAUGGGUCAAUAGAGAAGCAGACAGAGAAAGGGAGUAGGAACAAUAUAGAAAAAGACCCAGAAAAAUUGUACACCAGAAGAGUCAUGGAGGAAGAUCGUAAUGCGGUAGAAUCAGGUGAGAUGCAUUCUGAAGAUGAUAAAGCUCUUCUUGAGAAGAACAAGAAAAGGACUGUAAAGACACGCGCUCAGGUUCAAGCACUGGAGGCUUUUUAUAAUGAACAUAAAUACCCUACAGAGUCGAUGAAAAUACAACUUGCUGAGUCAAUAGGUUUGACAGAGAAGCAAGUUUCUGGGUGGUUUUGUCACCGAAGGUUGAAGGACAAGAGGUUAAUGAAUGGGGACAACUAUGUAACUGGAAAACAAGAUCGGUCAAGUGGAGUCAUACAAGAUCGCGGCAGUGGGCUUAGGCAAGAUUCCUGUGGCAGCACCAAACAGGGAGACGACAGGAAUUUUGAUACCAAGGAAGUUGAAAGCGGAAGGUUAACUCUCCAAGAAUACUCUGCUGCAGAACUCACAUUCGAGCAUGGUGGUCACUGUUCAGGAAACCACAAUCGAAUGGAUGAUGCAUCUUCAGGAAGUAGUCCUUCAUUACGAAAUAUGUCUAAUCAUCAUAAAGAUGACCACUUUGAUGUGGCAACUUCAAGGUACCUGAUACCAAAAUUUCCUAGGGAUGUAACUGGCGUAAAAACUAGGUCUGGCCCAUCAGGUUACUUAAAAGUGAAGGGUCUAGUUGAGAACAGUGCUAUAACUGCAGUCAAGAGGCAGCUGGGAAAGCAUUAUCAGGAGGAUGGUCCGCCACUUGGGAUUGAGUUUGACCCACUUCCUCCUGGUGCAUUUGAGUCCUUAAUGCAGGAUCCGGUUGACGAAACAUGCUAUACUGAAGAAGCUGUUCGGCCUGCCUCACCCGAUGCUUCAAAAAUCCGCCAGUUACCCAAGUUUGGCAAGCUAUUGAUUCUCUACUCGACCGGAAGUCACUUCUGCUUCAAAUAUGAGUAUUGUGUUCUCAUUUUAUGUCGAUCCUUACAGGGGUGUGAAUACAACUCCAGUGUGGCUUCUCGCAGUUCUAAUAUGGAUAGAACAGGUUUUAAAGUACCACAAGGACCUGAUUUUCCUGAUACUUAUGUUCACCAAAAGUAUAAACAGAAUACUAACUUGUCCCCUAAUGGUGCUUACUAUCCCUGGAGGAGCUCUUCUGAAGAAUUGCCUAAAGUUUCUGGUAGAGAAAUAUCCGGUAGUGAGAGUAAAGAUGAAUAUGGAGUGAGAUACAGACAGGCACAGAGUGUUGAAGUUAUGAGAAUGAGUUCUGUUUCAAGCAAUUGUCAUCAGCAACACUUUGGUGGGAAAUCGAGGGGAGACGAAGAGACUAGUUUCCACAGAUAUAUUGACAUGUGCAGAAAGAGUUCGCCGGGAGAAAAAUUAGCAGAUGGAUCGUCCAAUUUGGCCGUGAAAGGUUUUGAAUACCACAAUUAUUUCGACAAAAUGCAGCCCAGACAGCAGAUUGCAAAGGAUGGAAAAACUUGUGCUCAAAGGAGGAUCAUAAAUGAGAAUAUGGUUAACAUCUCUGGCAAGAACAGUAGUGCUGCUCCAAAAAGAAUGAGGAACGAAUUUCCUCAGCAGCCACUUCUAAAGAGAUCAUCAGCGAUAGAUAACCAACUAGAGACGUAUCGAGUUAUAAGGUCUGCAGCAGAGAUGCCAUCUAGUUAUAGUGAAGAUGAGGGAAGUGCCGAAACAAGUUCUUCAGUGGAGUAAGAAAACGGUCUGAGGAUAUGGUUUCCAGCUGAGUAAUGGGGGAUUGUAUAGUUCUUUUAUCUUCUAUUUUUCCAGCAUUUUGACAUUAGCAAAGCUGUUGUAGAAAACACUGAUUGCCAGAGAGGAACCCUUCAUUUGAAGUGGCCUUGUGUGAUUAAUCAUCUGUUGUGCUCAGUUAUUUAGUUUUCUUGUAUAGAAACUUUCUUAUUCAGGAUCAAGAACUUCAUUGCUCUUA